GCGAGCCAGCCUUGCCGCGCACACGCAGCGCGCGCUGCUGCCUCGCGCUGGGGCCGGGGUGGCCGAGGGAUCUGGACAGAAACAAGUAAAUCCAGGGCUUAUCCUUGCAGGUUGAAGCAUUGAGGUGGGAAACACUGAUCCUUCUUGUGAAAGGCUUGCUGCUGUUUGUCUGCUAAUCCUCAACUCGUUAGCAGGUGUUCAUCAUGCUUGGACAAGGUCUCUGAGGAACCGCGUCUUGAUGCCAGCAGCAGGCUGCAAAAUCUCCCGCAGAAGGGACCAUGCAUCUCAGCAGCCUGGCCAGGGUUCUCCUCCUCUCCCUCCUGCUCCUGGAGAGGGCCAGAGCCGCACCGCUGCAGAACAUGGCACUGGGGCAAGCAGGCCUUUGGCAGCCGGGUGGACAACCAAACCCAGGAGCCCUGCCUGGCUUUGGUUUUGACCUGGGGCUGGAUCCUUUUAAGCUGGGCAUCAAUGUGGGCAAAAACCAACAAAACCAAGGAGCCCAGGGCGGACAACCAAACCCAGGAGCCCAGCCUGGUUUUGGUUUUAACCUGGGGCUGAAACCUUUUGAUUUGGGCAUCAAAGUGCCUGGCUUUGGUUUUAACCUGGGGCUGGGCAAAAACCAACAAAACCAAGGAGCCCAGGGCGGACAACCAAACCCAGGAGCUCAGGAUCCUUUUAACCUGGGCAUCAAUGUGACAGGCUUUGGGGAGACAGAAAAGCUGGACGGAUGCUUCUCAUCCUUGUUGGAUCGGUUCCCUUCUUAG